AUGCAAAGGGCGUUCAACUUUUUCUCUGGAGAAUUAUUAGAUUUUCUGGAAGUUGUUCCUAUAGAUUUGUUAGAAAAUUUCCAGACUUUUCUGGGUUUUUUUAUAUCUGUUCUUUUUUUGUACAUAUUUUUCCCUCACGUUUUCUUAUAUUAUAUUUACUCUUCCCCUAUAAUUGUCUUCUCUAUCAUUUAUAUCCGCUUUUAUUUGAAAACCAAAUAUCCUGAAUCCCAGAAGUUAAAGAAAGAAGGCAGUGGUGAAAGAUUAUCUGCAAAUGGGAAGCUUGUAAAUAAAUCAAACAAUCCUUUUUUACGACACCAGAAAAGUGUUCGACGAAAUGCUCGAAAGGAGGUCGUAGAAUGGGAUGGAAAAAAUAGAGAGGAAAAAGACGUGUUUUCUAGUAAAACUGAUUUCUUGGAAGAAGAUUCAGAGCUUAUAUUCGAUAGGCUAGGAAUUUCUAGCGUGGAACAUGGAGACUGUUCCCACUAUGAUGGAAUUGGUACUGAUCGAGCACUCGGUGAUCCGUAUACGGUCUUUGUUAACAAGACAUCGAAACCUCGUAGCGCGUGGGGUGAUACUUUUCAAGGGUCAUUAGGAACAGGUCCCGGAGAUGGUGGGGUUGAUGGUAAGCUAGUGGUAAAAAAACCGGAAGAAGCUUGUGAAGCAAGUAAUAGGGCUAAGCAGGGUGAUCAGAAGAAUUAUAUGGAUCUUGGGUUAACUGAGUUUGAACGAGAAAAAAGACUGCAAAAUUUAAUUACCAAACGUAGAACAAAAAGGUUGUUUAGAAUGGCAAUUGAGAAAAGCUUGAUGGGCAUCCAUAAUGCUCCUCCUGCUCAACUUGCUGCUAUUCGAAUUGAUAAACACAACAAUAGUGGGGUUUCGAGUAAUCUCGAUGAAGAUGAAUCGCCAAUGCCUGGUUCGGCCCCUCCCGUAUUUUUGCCUAAACGGAAUUCAUUUGACCUACGGUAUGAUCCACAAGAAGAAAAACCAAACCUUACGGCAGAUACUUUUCAACAAGAAUUCAUGACUGCCAACCAAAAGGAAAUGUUCUUCUGCAGGCACGAAAGCUUCCAUCGCGGACCUUGGUUUCCAUAUCCAACCACUCAAAAUCCAAAUGAUGCCGAGUUUAACCUGUAUUAUAGUGAUGAGAAAAGGCUUGUUGAAGGAAAGUCAGGUCACCACCGGCUUAGUUCCUCUGGUGUAGAAAAUGACAUUGCUAUUGUUGAGCAAGAAGAACGAAAUCACAAUGAGGCAAUAAACUUAUCCAAAGAGAGAAAGGAACAGAUUAUAGAAAGCCUAAACAAUAGAACUGAAAUAGAAGAGAAGAUAGAGAAGCCUCAUGAGCUGGAGCCAGGAUUAGAUAGUGGAAGUGAAGUCAGAAUGGAGACAGAUUCAAUUAGAAACAAUGAUUCUUGCUACUCAUCUUCAUCCGAAAACACAGAACCGGUCUUGGAUCAAACAAUUAAAACUUCCAGGAUACGUAAUGAUCAUGUGCAAAGGACUCUUAAACUUGCAAUUCCUCCCAAGGGAAGAGCUAUGAACAGACUUUCCUUUGAUUCCAGCCCGUCGCCAUCUGAAAGGCGCAAGAAAGACUUUAAUUCAUUUUACAUUAGGCGACAGUGCCAUACCCCAACCUUUUCCAUAGCUUCUGAUUUGCAAGUUGAAGUCUCAGAAGUUGGUUCACCUCCUUUAACAACUGAUGGAACAGUUUCAUCCGGUGAUGGUGAUUCAGUUAUGUAUGAUGAAGAUGUUGACAGGGAUAUCAAUUCCGAAAAUGAAGAACCGUGGGGAGGUCGAUUUAACCUAUCAAAAGAAGAGGUGAAUCGAGAAAGACUGGGAGAAUUAAAUGACAUUAUUGAAGAGGAAUCUGUUGAAGUUGCUUCAAUCUCUCCAUCAGACCAUGAAGCCAAGAAAAGUUUGAAUGGCACAAGUUCACCAUCUUCGGGAAUAGAUAUAACCGAGAAUGGUGCAUCCCAUCCAACAUACAUAAACUGUGAAGCUCAUCAAUGUUCUGGCAAAUGUAGGCAUGGCAAUCUAGAAACAUCGUAUGAGGCUACAAGUACCAAAGAAUCUGGAAAGGAAGUAGAGGAAAGCCAACCUUCAAAGUAUAUUGAAGAAGAUACUCGAACCUUGACUGAGCAUAACACUAGAGAUACACCCAGUACAGUUCGCAGCAGAGGCAACUUAAAAUCUGUUCCAGAUACUAAAGUUGAUCAAGAUGCUGCAGAGAACAAUAUACUGGAACGAAGAUUACGUGAUUCUAUUGCAAGGGCUCUAAAUCGAAGAUUGAUGCUUGAAAAAGUUUCCGUUAGCUCAUCUUCAUCUCCAAGGUCUGUAUUACAAAAGAAUAUCCUAGCAAGCCCAGUUCCCAUAUCAGGAGGUGGGCGACAAAUGCAACGAAGUCUGUCACAUUAUGUUAGGGAAGAUAGAGUAAGAAGCAAUUUGGCUUAUGAACAAGCACAUGAAAACUUAACGGCCAACAUGCCCUGCGUUGCUCAUGAAUUGGUUGAGAAUUCAAUGAAUCAGUUAACCCGUAAUCGCAGUCUUGGAACAUUGGAGAUGGGUCCAUGGAACAUCAUCGAGGAAAGCAACACUGUCAUAAAUAUCAAUAAUUCAGAAGGCAUUGGGAAGGAAAAAGGGGGGGAGUUGACAGCUAAUGAAGGUGAAUCCCUAUUCUUAAUCAGACCGGAAGAUAUCAGCGGCUCUGAAAAAUCAAAUGAACAAGAAGUUGAUAUGAACGAAACAGAAACAAUUGAAAGUGACUAUACUAGAAUCGUUGGAAGUGAAAAAGAAAGUGAAUCCAUACUCUUAGUCAAACCAAAAGACAUCAGCGAACCUGAAAAAUCAAAUGAACAAGAAGCUGAUAUGAACGAAACAGAAACAAUUGAAUAUACAAGCAUUGUUGAAAGUGCAAAAGAACGAGAGAAUUCUGCAGCUAAAGUUGAUCGUAUUUGCAAGGCUAAUGAGCCCGUAGUUGAUAAUGUAACCAACAAAGAGAUAAAGAAUGAAGUUCUUGAACGUGAAGGUGCACUCCAAAUAUUAGGUAAACUAGAGGCUGUCAUUGAAACAUCAAAUACCACCGAAGAAACUAGUGCAGGAUCUGUUGAAGAUAUUGAGCAAGAAUCCAAAAGAUUAGCCAAAGCUGAAGCCAAUGCAGGCCAAUCAACUUCAGCAGGAGAAACUAAUAGCUUAAAUAACAUUAAUAAUGAUGCAAAGAUGCAAAAUUUGACCGGUCAAGAAGGUUUCAUGGAUACAUCAGAAUCUGGGGAGGAUGAUCUCAAGGUCAUUGAAAGCGUCCUAAGAGUUGAUAGCAUUACAAAGGGUGUAUCUAUUGACCAUGACAUUUCCGUCAAAGUAUCAAAACUAAUGGAAUCUGAAGUUAAGGCUGCCAAAAUGAUUAAACAUGACACUCGAAUUGAUCCAUCAGAAUCAGAAAAGGAUAAUGCUAAAUCAGAUGAUACUGAAACUAUGGAACUGACAAAUUAUCUAAGGAAGAUCAUAAAAGAAGGCAACAUUUUCACAACUAUCAGUGAUUUAGAAGUCAUUGAUAAAGAGGGGGAGAAGUUUACGGCUAAUAAAGGCGGAUCUCGAUUCUCAAUCAGACAGGAGGGCAUUGAGGGAUUUGAAAGAUUAAAUGAAAUGGAAGCUGAUGUCAAAAAACCAGAAGCAAUUGAAAAUGAUUAUACAAGCAUUGUUGAAACAGCGAUAGAAAGACAGAAUUCUGCAGCUGAAGUUGAUCGUAUUUGCAAGGCUAACGAGUCAGUAGCUGAUAAUGUAACCAACAAAGAGAUCAAGGAAGAUGUUCUCGAACGUGAAGGUGCACUCCGAAUAUUAGGUAGACUAGAGUCUUUCAUUGAACCAUCGAACAUCACUGGGGAAACUAGUGAAGGAUCUGUUGAAGAUACUGAACACAAAUCCAAAAGAUUAGCUGAAGCUGAAGCCAAUUCCAGCCUAUCAACUUCAGCAGGAGAAACGAACAGCUCGAACAACAUUAAAAAUGGUCAAGAGAUACAAAAUAUGACUCUUCAAGAAGGUAUGGAGGAUGCAUCACAAUCCAUGGAAGGUAAUCUCAAUUCCAUUGAUAACAUCCCAAUUGUUGAUAACAUUACGCAUGGUACAUCCAUUUGACCAAAACUAAUGAAAAGGAUAG